CCCGAGGACCUCGACCUCGACCUCGACCUCGACCUUCACCUGCUGGUGCCUGCAAGCUUCAACAUAUUCAACCAGCAAUUCAUGCGACCAACACCAACAACACCAGAUGCUCAAUUGAAGCCGCAACACCAAGAUCGAACAUGCGCAAAUGUCCUCGCUGAAUCCCACAAACUCGAACCACCCAUUGACCCCUUUGAAUCGCAUGCGUCGCAUCGUGGUGGACCUCUGUUGGAGUUGAUAGUGCCUUCGUUGUCCCUGACCCGAUUGUCCUGCUGAGGUGUCUCUCGCUGGCUCGCAGCAUCGCAUCGUGUCGCAUUGCCACUACCACGACCACUGGACCCGCCAAAUCGCAUCAAUUGAACCCGCCCAAGCCAUACAUGACCGUACACUCGAUCCCAUAGCUAUACUGCAACCAGAGCAAGAUCGGGGUCAAGGUCUUUUUGAUACUGUACACCGUCCGGAGCACCUAGGCUCACUCGCUAGGUAGGCUGGUAAGUACUCGUACGGUGUGCGAGUAGUAGUCCUUACUUGUACCAGUACCCUUGCUUCAAUCCCACGCAAAAAGUGGUCCAAGUCACUCACUCACUCCCGUUGCUCCCUCGGCUGGCCACUCUAUUUUACCAACCUUGGAACUUUUCCCAGCCUCUCCGAAUUUACGAGCCCACUACCACCACCAUCAUCCUCGCACAACCAUUCCGACUUCUCUGCUAUCUCGAAACCUUCGAGUCCAACCUCCUGCUCGUGGCAAAAAAGUAUCACCAAAAUUUUAUAUUCCAAGAACUCAAUUGAGCCUUUCAUACCCACUCUUCACUGCAGCCUUUCGCAGCCUCAUCUUCAGCCUGGCCAUCACCAACUCCAAUUUCUCAGAGUUUGGCUCUAGCUAGGAAGAAGGUAAAUCGCAUUCGCUCUGACGACCUCACCAUCCUCACCUUUGCUACCAUUCACGUUGACGAAUCUAAUUCCCCCACCUCAUAACGACCCUUACGAAGUCAACGAACCAUCCACGCCUACUAACGCGCAACGCCAGCAGCGUUCUUUAAGAAGAAGAACACACAUUGAAGCCACUUCUGUUGGUAUCUCACCUCCUCCACGAGUUCAAUUUGAACAACAACAACCAAGCGAACAGCAAGAGCUCACUAAUGACUUCGAGGACGACCUUGCAUCUUCAACUCCAGUAGCUCCUAGUUCCCAUCAUCAAUCCCCCCAAUCGCCGAGACGUCCCCAUCGCGCCAUCCGGAUUUCUAGACAGACUGCCAACGCAAUCCUCUACACCCUCGAAGAGGCAUUGCGACAACCUAACCCAUUCACUCCCGAUCUGAUUGAGGAGAGCGCGUCCAUGUCAGACCUUCUAGGAGGUAGUCCCUCAGGACCUGGUCAUAAUAAUGGUGGAUCUAGACAAGCCGCCUCAGGCCCAGCUGGCUCGCCCGUGAUCAGAGGACCUCGAGAUAUUAUGCGUGAACGUGCAAUUCGUGAUGCAAAAAAAAAGGCCGAUAAGGAAGCUAUGGAGGCGGAGGAGCAACGAAAGCUCGAGCUAGAAACAAGUAACCGCAGGAGUACCGAGAGGAGAUCAGCGAUUGCUGCUGGCAUUGCAGCGCAGCAAAGUGCCCAGCGUGGCUCAGGAGGAGCUGCCGGCCAAAGAAUAUCAGAUAACUCCCAAAGAUCCGAUAGGAGAUCGGGAGACCGACCUUUGGAAGCCGUCGGUAAAGGUGGCCAUGCGGUUGGCGGCGGAGGAGCAGCUACUGCUAGACCACGGCCAACACAAUCCCAACAACAACAGUCUAGACCUGUUCCUCCACAAGCAUCUCGUCCAAGGCCUUCCCAACCACAAGCAGGCCCUUCCACUUCUGCUCAACCCCCAGCAGAGGAAAGCUCGGUAGGGCCAGUGCAGGGGAAAUCUUCUUUCCCACACGCCUUUGAGCGAUGGGAGACGCUAUCUGCUCACUGGGAAGGCCUGACUUCUUUUUGGAUUCGGCGGUUAGAAGAAAACUCCGAAGAAGUCAAUCGAGACCCUUUGGCCCAACAGCUCUCUCGACAAGUAACAGAUCUCUCAGCGGCAGGUGCCAACCUGUUUCACGCUGUUGUCGAGUUGCAACGACUGCGAGCUUCCUCGGAACGGAAAUUUCAGCGCUGGUUUUUUGAAACCAGACAGGAGCAAGAACGUUCUCAAGAGAUCAUAGCAGGACUACAGCACCAAAUCGAACAGGUUCGACAAGAGGCCACCCAAGCUGUUACAGAUGCUGUUGACCUUGAGAGAGAGAGGUCAAAUGCGGACCAGAAGCUUGCUGAGAUGAAGCGUGAACUCCAAAUAUCCAAGGAAGAAGCUAGACGUGCUUGGGAUGAACUUGGACGGAGAGAAACCGAAGAGCGUGACAGAACAGCUUCAUUGAGAGAAGGACAGCCAACUAUCGUAGGCGGAGUUCAAGUUGUUCCUAUGAUGCCAGGUAUGCCCAGUCGACAUGAAAGUGCUCAAGAUGCGCCUUCGAGUAGGGAAGCACAUGAGCCCGAGGAAGAAGCAGAGAGUGAUGUUGCAUAUCAAGCAUACCCCCGCGCCCAAAGAGCACAACCAACAGAUCCUUUUGUCGCCGAAGAGAGGGCCUCUAGAAGUGCUCGAACGACCGGACCCAGUAGCCCCGCCUCGGCGGCCUAUUCACAAGGCUACUCGCAAGCGCCAGCAGUUCAACCUGCUUCUACAUCGGCGGGAUUUUACCAACAGGGAGCCCUACAUCCAUCAGAGCGUGGAACGCCAGUAACAGGGGCUCAAUCGGAAGGAGCGUUUAGUGAAGAGGAAUAUGCGAUAGACCCAGAAGGUCAAUUUAUCCUUGAUGCCCAAGGCAACAGAAUCCCGUACAUGGCUUCAGUUUCUGACAACGAUACAGAUGAGUAUGAUGUUGACGAAGAGCGAGAAAGUGAGCAGGCGAAUAGACAACGAUAUGGAGGAUCUAGUGCCGAAUACAGACAAGGCUCCACUGCCACUUCAGGAGCCGGACCUUCCUCUCAACCCUCAUCGUCUCAACCAGGUGGUGCCGACUACAGUGGUGCAGGAUACGGAACCGGACUUGAAUGGGGAGCCGUUCCACGUCACCAUCAUCCAACCAGAUUGAGCGAUGUUUUGGAAGAAGACGAGCGAAGCCGAACCAGUGCUAGCCAAGUCAGUCGACGAGAAUAA